AGAAGUAGUUAUUAUUACCAGUUAUAAAAAUAUUACUUAGUGGCAAUAACAGCUCACCGAUAAACUCUUAUUUUUAUAGGUUACUUUUACAUCAGUCAGUAUGGCAGAAUAUUUAGCGGCUAUAUUUGGUACUGAAAAAGAUAAGGUAAAUUGCUCCUUUUACUUUAAAAUUGGAGCAUGUCGUCACGGUGACCGUUGUUCACGUAUACACAACAAGCCUACGUUUUCUCAAACUGUAUUGUUGCAAAACUUAUAUGUGAACCCUCAGAAUUCUGCAAAAUCUGCUGAUGGUAGUCACUUGGUCGUGGCUAAUGUGUCUGAUGAAGAAAUGCAAGAACAUUAUGAUAAUUUUUUUGAAGAUGUCUUUGUUGAAUGUGAAGAUAAAUAUGGGGAGAUAGAAGAAAUGAAUGUUUGUGAUAAUCUUGGUGAUCAUUUAGUAGGCAAUGUGUACAUUAAGUUCCGUCGUGAAGAAGAUGCAGAGAAAGCUGUGAAUGACUUGAAUAACCGUUGGUUUGGUGGUCGGCCAGUGUAUGCAGAGUUAUCACCGGUGACGGAUUUUCGUGAGGCAUGUUGCAGACAGUAUGAAAUGGGCGAGUGCACCAGGAGUGGCUUCUGCAAUUUCAUGCAUCUCAAACCCAUUUCUAGAGAGCUUCGGAGAUAUUUGUAUUCGCGUCGCAAGGGCGGGCGGCGAUCUCGCAGCAGGUCGCGUGAACGUCGCCCGCGUCGAUCCCGCUCGCGCGAGCGUCGUCGCGAACCGCCGCGCAAUUCUCGCUCCGGACGAUACUGACCGCAGAACGCGCGAACCGCUCGCGGUCGCGGUCACACCGGCCGGUUCUAAGAACUACUAAAAAUUCCUAAAUAUCUUCACGGUUACAUCCACUUCACUUGCAGUUAGGCAUCAAAAUGUGUUUAUGUUGUUUGCUUUAAUCAAUUGCUCCAAAUUCAUUCAUUUAAUUUUCGAAUAUUAAUACCCUAAGUAUUUUAUUCACAUUUUAAUGUUGAAUUGUGAGUGGAGUUGAUGUUAUGUGUGAAAACCUUUAACCGACACAUGUCUCUGGAAACGUCUUCUAAGCUGAUAGUUCUGGAUUUAACUACCACAGGAAAUGCAUGUAAUACACAUAUCUAAAUAGUUAAUGUUGAUUCUGAGACAUUUCUUUAAAGACGUUUCUGGUAUGCUCUGUAUACAGUUAGGACUGUGUGAUGGGCCAUCCAGCUGAUUACUCUAUUUUAAAAUAAUUAAUUAUGUCAAAAUUGUAGUAUACUUAAUUUGUAGGGGUAACAUUUGGUAUAAAUCCUUAACACCUAAAAACUAUUACAGUUAUUGGUGUUUCACUGUAAUUCUGUUGUGUUACUGCCUAAUUCAAAAAUACUUAUUUUAAAUUGGGCUAAAAUUAACGUCUUGUAUAGUAUAAUAUAGCAAGUUUACUUCUAUUUUAGUUGUUUACAGAAUUGAAAACAUAAUCAAUACAUCAUUGUGUGCUGUCUUCACCAACUGAAAUGUUAAAUAAAAGAGACUGUCGGUAGGGAAUAAUUUAGUAUCAAAUUAGACUAUAGCAUAGGUACAUUAUCAGAAGUAUUUCGAUCAAGUUUCAUUAUGACCAAUAAUUGAAAUUGGAUGAUCGGUAAAAUAUAUUUCUAGUUUUUACACUGGCGCAUAGAACAGUAAGACAAUUUGCAUUUAAGGAAGAUAGUUGUUUUAAACAAAUCGUUUAAUCAAUAAUUGAUUACAGUGACUUGUGAAAUGAUAGAUGUAAUAAAUAACCAAGAAAUAUUUUCUAUUCAGGUUGAUAAUAUUAAAUUAAUCUAAUAAUCCUCCAAAUAGUUAAAUUAUUAUUAAGGAGGUCACCAAUAUGUGCAUUUACCUUAAUGUAAUGCAAAUUUUGAAUUACAGUUAUUGAAAUUUAAAGACACUGAUGCUUGGUUUCUGAAUUGAGAAUUUAAAGUUUAGCAUGUCUCAAACUGUACUUAAACGUCAAUAAAACAGGUUUUCGUUUAUGGUUAUAGUUUUUUACAACUAGCAAACUUUUGCCAUGUGAAACGUUUAAACUUAAAUUAUUUAUGAUAAUUAGUUGAGAUUUUGUACUUUUCUUAAUUCAGAAACCGGCCUUAAGCCUCUUGUUUCCUCUUGAGGAAAUCUUCAUACUGCAAUAAUUAAUUAAAGCUGCUAAUCAAUAUACGUUAUGGUCUGCUUUGCUAUUCUGUUGCAAAUACAGCAUCCAACAAAGCGCUGUCACAGCAUUAGAGAUUCAUUAUAAUAAAGCUUUCAUCACCUUUCGAAGUAGGUUUUAUUUAAACAACAUAGUUGUGUGUUUUUUAUUCGAAACUUCGGAUUUACUGUGUAACCUUGUAUUGGUAUUAAGAGACUGUUUUAAUUAUUAUAUCUUAUAAUAGUAAAUAAAUAAUAAAUAUUAGAGGAGCUCGAUGACGCAAUUGUUAGCGCGCUCGGUCUGUGAUACGGCGGUUAAGCAACUUUCGCAAUGGUCGGUCAUAACAUGGGUGACCAAAUAUUUAUUAUCUCGAGCUCCUUCGUGCUUCGGAAGGCACUUUAAGCCGUUGGUCCCGGCUGCAUCAGCAGUCUUUAACACCCACCAAUACACACUGUAUAUUUUGUCAGAUCCCAAAUUAAGUAUCUAAAGAACUUUUAUAAAAAAUCUGAAAGAACGCCCAGACGUGGAGACUAUAGUUAUAGAAAAGUUCAUUUAUUACAUUGGUCCGUAUGGGGAUCGAUCCUGUGACCUCAGAGAAGGCAGUACCUUGAAACCGGCGCACGAGCCACACUGCGGAGGUCGUAUAUUGAAUCUAGCUGCGACAGCGCUGCGUUCGACGCUGUAUUUUUAACAGAACAGCACGACUGAUGGGGGCUAAAACUGUCCGAUUAACAAGCACGUUUAUUGAUAUGCUAUUGCAGUACUUCUCGCAAAUGACUAUUAUUUGUAAGUUGUAACAAAAUGUGUAUGUUCAGUAAAUAUAAGUUUUAUUUCU